AUGACCACAACUACGGUUACCACCGAGGCCAUCACGGCCGAGACCAUGCUGCGUCUCUUCCCCGACAUCGACACCAACGACGAAGCCUUGAGCGGCCACGACGAGGAGCAGAUUCGGUUGAUGGACGAGGUCUGCAUUGUUCUCGACAACAACGAUAUCCCAAUUGGAAAGGCCAGCAAGAAGAUUUGCCACCUCAUGUCCAACAUCGAUAAGGGGCUCCUCCAUCGCGCAUUCUCCGUCUUCCUCUUCAACGAAAAGAACGAACUGCUUCUUCAGCAGCGGGCAACUGAGAAGAUCACAUUCCCUGAUCUCUGGACCAACACCUGCUGCUCCCACCCCCUGGGAAUCCCAGGCGAGACUGGAUCCAACCUCCCAGAUGCAAUUGCGGGCGUCAAGCGCGCUGCGCAGCGAAAGCUCGACCAGGAGCUUGGCAUUAAGAAGGAGCAGGUCCCAUUCGAGGACUUCCAUUUCCUCACCCGCAUUCACUACAAGGCGCCCAGCGACGGGAAAUGGGGCGAGCACGAGAUUGAUUAUAUUCUAUUUAUCAAGGCCAAGGUCGAUGUCCACCCCAACCCCAACGAAGUACGAGCCAUCCAGUGGGUCACGCCCGAGUCUCUGAAGCAGCAGUUCCAGGACCCCAGCCUCAAGUUCACACCCUGGUUCAAGCUCAUCUGCGACUCGAUGCUAUUUGAGUGGUGGCAGAAGCUCGAUGGUGGGCUGGAGAAGUAUCUCAACGAGCAGGAGAUCCGCCGCAUGUAG